UUCGAAUGAUCUGCUGACGUCUUGUAUCCCCCGCCGAAACACAAUUUGUCGAAAUUCCCUCGGUUCAGCCUCUACGGAUCAUGGCUCUGCGUUGCCGUUCGAUUCGUGCACCCAACCUUCGUUCACCUGUUCGAUUUCCAUGAACACCAAAGCUUUGCACCGGAAGCGAUUGAGGCAUUCCCCGGGCACACAAAAAUCCCAUCUAUAUGGAUCGACCUGUCAAACUCCAUGUUUCCAAAGUUCGUGCCAUCUUUUGGUCCGCCCGCAGCCCUCAAGCCAGCCGCAAACGUUUCGGCCCAUCUGAAAGUUGGGCCGGCAGGGCAAACAAAGUGCCUAGCCACUCACGUGGAACAAUAGGGCCAGCCAGCCCACUCUCAUGUUCCUAUUCCGGCAUUCAGACUAAAGGGCAUAUCCUGCCCUUAUGACAUCUACCGUCAUGGCCCUCGCACUCACUUGAGUCAAUGCAGAUCAAUCUUGCCGCGGCAUGCUCGAGAUCUAUUGGUUCGCGGAUGGCACUCUUGACGCCCUAUUCCUACCGCCCUUCUCUUCCCUCCACGUAGCCACUGAACAUCUCACGAUUUCCCCCCGCUUCCCUGGUCUCGCCUUGUGU